AUAUAUCUUAUCUCCAGUAUCCCCUCUUCUUUCUUCUUCUUCUCUAAACUCUCCCCAUCGCCAUGGAAGCUGUCCCCUCCUCAGCCUUCGCCUUCGCUUCCCGCCACAUCCCAUGCCACGUGGCGCUCUGUGGUUCGAGAACCACCCUUAGGCCGAGGUCUCCCUCCAAUUUGUCUUCUCCUUGGACUGGUUCCGGCCUCUCCAUUGCAUCCUCUCGCAAGGACAUCUUUACUAGGGAAGUAUUGAGUUGGGUCAAUUUAAAAUCGAGAAAUUUUGGCAGAAAGAGAUUGUUUAGCGUGAGGGCUGAGAUGUUUGGGCAAUUGACAAGUGGGUUAGAAGCAGCUUGGAGCAAACUCAAAGGAGAAGAUAUCUUGACAAAGGAGAACAUUGCUGAACCAAUGAAGGACAUUAGGAGGGCUCUCUUGGAAGCAGAUGUAAGUUUGCCAGUAGUGCGAAGAUUUGUGGAUGUGGUUAGUGAACGAGCUGUUGGUACUGGGCUGAUUCGAGGGGUGAGACCUGAUCAACAACUUGUGAAGAUUGUAAAUGACGAACUUGUGAAAUUGAUGGGUGGAGAAGUGUCUGAUCUUGUAUUCACGAAGUCUGGUCCAACAGUAAUAGUACUUGCAGGCUUACAAGGUGUUGGAAAGACCACAGUUUGUGCCAAGCUUGCCUUUUACCUAAAGAAGAUGGGGAAAAGUUGCAUGUUGGUUGCUGGAGAUGUGUACAGGCCUGCAGCUAUAGACCAACUCUCAAUUUUGGGUGAAAAGAUAGGUGUGCCUGUUUAUAAAGAAGGAACUCAAGUAAAGCCUUCACAAAUUGCUAAAAAUGGUCUUGAAGAAGCCAAAAAGAAGAAAAUCGACGUUGUCAUAGUGGAUACCGCAGGAAGACUGCAGAUAGAUAAACCAAUGAUGGAGGAGCUGAAGGAGGUAAAGAAGGCUGUAAAUCCAACAGAAUUGUUGCUUGUGGUUGAUGCAAUGACUGGUCAGGAAGCUGCAGCUUUGACCACAGAAUUCAGUACUGACAUUGGUAUUACCGGUGCUGUACUAACAAAGUUGGAUGGUGAUUCAAGAGGAGGAGCAGCUUUGAGUGUCAGAGAGGUAUCAGGAAAGCCGAUUAAGCUUGUUGGUCGAGGGGAACGCAUGGAAGACCUCGAACCUUUCUACCCUGAUCGUAUGGCAGGACGUAUCUUGGGCAUGGGAGAUGUUCUCUCUUUUGUGGAGAAAGCACAGGAAGUUAUGAAACAAGAAGAUGCUGAGAAACUGCAAGAAAAGAUAAAGGGUGCAAAAUUUGACUUCAACGAUUUUCUGAAGCAAACUCGUGCUGUUGCUCAAAUGGGUUCAAUGAGCCGUGUAAUUGGAAUGAUCCCAGGCAUGGGAAAGGUGACUCCAGCUCAAAUCCGUGAAGCGGAGAAAAACAUAAAAAUUAUGGAAUCAAUGAUUAAUGUUAUGACCCCAGAGGAAAGGGAGAAACCCGAGCUACUAGCUGAAUCGUCUACUAGGAGAAAGAGAAUUGCUACAGAGUCCGGAAAAUCCGAGAAGCAGGUGAGCCAGCUUGUUGCGCAACUUUUCCAGAUGCGUGUGCGCAUGAAGAACUUGUUAGGUGUUAUGGAAGGAGGAUCAGGUCCUGAGUUGAGUAAUCUCCAGGAAUCAUUGGAAGCUGAAGACAAGGUCCUGCCUGCCCUACUGCUAGGAAGAGUGAGGUCAGGAUCUAGGAAGAAGUAA